AUGUUUGGCUGUAUUGCUGCUGGUCGACUGGUUCAAACUAAUCUACAACAAGUUGAUGUCAACAAAUAUGUAUUUGAAUUAGCAGAUGCUCAAAAUAUAAAUCACAUUGUCGUCUUCUUACUUGGAACCAUACCAUUUGAACCAGGAUAUGCUGCAACUGUUCACUUACUAUGGCCUAAUAAAGAGUGGCAACUCUUGGGAGGGCUUUCUAAUGAAAAGGCAAGCGCUAUAUUCCGUCUCAAGGGUACAACAGCAACACCGAUGGUUCCUACGUCAGCCACGCUGGGGAUUUCGAUUGAACCAAUUCAAGUCGUUCAACAAGAACUCGCUACACUUCCAAAUACAACAGCAGCAACAACAGCAACAUCCACAUCCUUGGUCAAACCAAGCAUGAAUGUAACUCAAGUAGGCCAGAUGGCAGAACGAAUUUUAGAAAACCUUUACAACUAUGUCACUUCAUUCACUGUACAGAACAUACCAGUCAAUUCGAUCCCGAUUGGACAAUUAACAGAGAACGGAUAUCUGUCACUAAAGACAUUUCAAACUUGGUAUGAUAAUCUCUCAAGGAAACUAGCAACAAAUCCAAAUUAUUUAAAUGAAGAAAAAUCAGCAUAA